AUGACAACCCGAUCGAGAAAAUUGAAGCGUAAACUCCAUCCUGAACCACCUUCGCGCACCAUUAACAAGAAGCUUCGGUCGAAGCUUCCUCGCCGGCGUAGGCACCAGAUCUCGCCGGUGCUUCUCGUCGGCAUUUCAGGCGACAAUCCUCGUUUCUCCAUCGAUUCGAGCUCCGGCUCUGACUUUGCAGCCUGUGAAGUUUCAUGCAAUUCCAGCAUAGCUUCCGCUGUGUUCACCGGCAAGGGAAAGACAAACUCAAGGAACAGAACCUCAAGCGAUUCCUCGAGGAAUCGGAGAUUCGAGGAGGUGUCAGAGUCGUCGUGCGUGGAUUCCAAUUCUAGAGUUCACGAACGAAGCAGAAGCUUGGUAUUGAAGUUCAGGAGCAGUAAAGAAAGUAAGAAUGCGAAAGAAAACGACGACGUUUCGGAAGCUUGCGCUAAAUCAGAGAUUACUUGGGAGGAGCAAUUUAAUUCUAAGUCCGGUAACGGAAAUUUCAAAAUGUCUUCCGAUUUAAAUCUAAACGACGUCGUCUCAUUGAGUUGCGGUGUUCGUGCGGCGUCAUUUGAGGGGGAAAAGAACAGAGGCAAGGUAAACAGAGCAUCGGAAUCGGAAUACUCUCAGGAUAAUUGCGUGGAUUUAAUAGCGCAAUCAAUGAUAAAGCAGGAUUCAAAUAACUACGACGCCGUUUCGGAUCUCGCUUGCUCUGAGCAAUUGCGAUUUUCGUACUGCGACGACCAAUCGGAGUACUGCUCCAGCCAGGGAACUGUGUUCUCUGACCUUCACUCUGAUAUUUUCCCAGAAUGUUCACAGCUAGAGCUUUCAGAUUACACUCCAUCUCUGUUCAUGGACUCUGGAAGCCAAUUUUCUGAGGGCUCCGUUGGAGAAACUCCUUCACCGACGUACUCGCUGUUCCUCAAGUACCGGCAGGAAUUCUUGACUCUCGCUUCACCAGUUAUUAUUGCUUCUCCAAACAUCCUCAAUGAGGCUUCUCUUCGAUUUGCGAGGUUCCAAGAUUCGGAUGACGAAGAGAGCUACCAGAUGCUGAGAAAGAGAGAAAGAAGACAUGUCUUCCUGUGGAAUUACGGUGAAAGAUAUUUCUCUACCACCGAAUUCGGAGAGAUCGUGCUUCAGCAACGCGAGCAAAUGGUUCACUGGAUGGUUGAGCAAUCUUAUCGAAAACAGCUUCGACAAGAGACAAUGUUUCUUGGAGUCAACCUACUUGACCGUUUCCUAAGCGAAGGAUACUUCAAAGCUAAAAGAAACCUUCAAAUUGGUGGAAUAGCCUGCCUCACGUUAGCGACCAGGAUCGAAGAAAACCAGCAAUAUAACAGAGUGGGGCAAAAAUAUUUCUACGUAGGAAGCAGUGUAUACAGUAGAAUGGAGGUGGUAGCUAUGGAAUGGAUGGUGCAGGACGUGCUCAAGUUUCAGUGCUUUCUGCCUACCAUCUACAAUUUCCUGUGGUUUUACUUAAAAGCAGCUAAUGCUGAUGGAAUCAUAGAGAAGAGGGUCAAGUAUCUUGCAGUGCUGGCACUGUCAGCUCAUGAGCGGCUGUGCUACUGGCCCUCAACAGUUGCUGCAGCACUUGUAAUCCUUGCUUGUCUUGAAGUCAAUCAAAAUGCAUCCCACAAAGUGAUAGGGAUCCACGUUAGAUCGAAAGAUGAGAAUUUGCAUGAAUGCAUAGAGAGCCUGGAGUGGUUGUUGCGCUAUCUAUGAUAACAUACUAGUCGGGUUGGAGACAAUUGGCUAUACCAUUCGGUUUAGUGGCGAUCAUUCCGAACAAUUUGAAGA